GCAUUGCUACUUACGUGUAAACAUAAUAUAUACUUAUGUAUCUCCUUUGACUCGCCUAAUUGUAUUAUUCGUUCAACAUCUUCAAAUCUUUUUCAGGCGAUAAUAAAAAUAGAAUUAAUCGCGAUAUGACGUUUAGAUAAUUAAAGAAUAAGAUGAUUAAGCAUGCGUCAAAGUACAAAAAUGGAUUCGAAUCUGGAUUAAAAUUCGUUCAAGUUAUUUUUUAACUAAUUCAAUUAUAGAUCGCAGAAAUAUCGAUUAAUUAGUAAUAAUGCCUCCGAGUCGUUUAGAUGCCGUUUACAGAAGUAUCCUUCUAACUAAGUUCUUUACAAAGGGAUGGGGCAAUCCCCAUAAUUUGAAAAGGAUAUUUGAAUUUAGGAAAGUUAUAGCGAAUCGAGAGACUUGUUACAAUCUUAUACCUCGUAAUUAUCCAAUAAAUAUAACCAAAGACGAACAAUGGUCCGAUUGCCAUGUAAUAGAAGGUUCUUUUACUUCGCCUUUUGAUCAAUACCUCUCAGGAAUGAUGCCGGAAAAAAUAAAAACUGCAUAUUUUCAAGUUAUUUUACCGCACAAAUGGGACUCGAACAAAAUAAAGCCUAUUUGUUUACAUCUUGCGGGAACAGGAGAUCAUUUUUUUUGGCGACGGAGAAACUUAAUUGCUAAGCCACUGCUUAAGGAAUCCGGAAUCGCUUCUAUACUUCUGGAAAAUCCAUUUUAUGGAUUAAGAAAACCAAAAGAUCAAAUACGUUCAAGUUUACAUAAUGUCAGCGACAUUUUUAUUAUGGGAGGUUGCUUAAUAAUGGAAUCUAUUGUUUUAUUGAAUUGGUGCGAACAGCAAGGAUUUGGACCGUUGGGCCUAACAGGUUUAUCAAUGGGUGGACACAUGGCAUCAUUAGCUGCUACGAAUUGGCCAAAACCUAUAGUCUUGGUACCAUGUCUUUCAUGGUCAACAGCCUCGCCUGUUUUUACAGAAGGUGUAAUGAGUGCUUCUAUAAAUUGGAAUCUUUUAGAAAAUCAAUAUUUCUCGGAUGAAACUUAUCAAAAUGAUCUAGCAAAAAUGGUGAAAGUUAUAGAUGAAGAGAGUGCAUUCUUAGCUGGGCAACAUUUUGCUAAACAUUAUCCUGCUAGUAUGAAUAGAAUAAAUAAAUUAAAGGAAGAAUUAAAAAAGACUGACGAGAAAAAAGAAAAUCUCACCGUAGAAAAGGAUGGAAAAGCAAAUAAUAAUAUUGACAAUAAAUCUUUAGAUGAUACGCAUCAAAAGAACAAAGAUAAUAAUUUAAUUGGCCAAGCGGCGGAAGAGAAAUCUACAGCAAAAUUGUUUUCUCUAAAUCUUAUUUCAAGUAAAUUGAAAUCAAAUGAUUUUGAAGCACUUAAGGUUGCUUUCAAAUAUACAGAUACGUAUACAAAUAAAGUACGAAGAACAUUUGGUCGUGUUUGUUCAGUUCCCGUGCAGAAGAAUCCGCUAUUUUCAAACGGCAAAUGGCGAGAAAGAGAAGCCUUGCAAUUUAUGCGUGGUAUAAUGGACGAGUGUACGCAUUUAAAAAAUUUUGAAGUUCCCGUCGAUACCGAACUUAUUAUAGCUGUCUGUGCGCGGAACGACGCUUACGUUCCGCGAGAUACUUGCAUGAGUUUAGAACAAAUUUGGCCUGGAGUUGAGAUACGUUACAUCGAUGCUGGUCAUGUCAGUGCAUACCUUCUUCAUCAAAAAGUCUUUAGGUCAACAAUCGCGGAGGCAUUUCAGCGAUCAUUGAAAAAAUAUCCUCUAGAUCCUAGUUGACAGCUAAAGAUAUUUUAAUAACAGAAUAGAUAGUUUCAAAAUUAUGUUUUCAAUCAAAUGAACAAAUAUCUAAUCAUCGUUAAACGAUUAUAAUCUCCUUAAGAAUAUGAAGGAAGAAAGUAUGUUACACGAAACGUUGCAAUUUAAUAUUUUGAAUGUAAACUGAACUGUGGCUUAGCUAAAUUUUAGUCAGUUUUAUUAUACAUAGGAUAUUGAUGCUAUAGAAUUGUAUUUUUGGCCAUAUUUUUUCAUUGGGCGAGACUUUACAUCUUUGCCAUAUUUAUAUAAGAAUAUACACGUUGAUGAUAUACAAGUUAUAUGAUAUAUUCUUUGUACAUACAUAUGUUUACAUUAUCCCCAUACACACACACACCACACGCUAUAAAAUAUAAAUCACACUUGUUAUGACAAUAAAUAAAUAAAAAUGUUAAAAAUAUCGUAUAUCAAAGAG